UAUACCGCGUGAAAUUAACUUCUGCGACAAUUAAGCACAACUUUUGCAACAGUCAUCCAUCUUUUGUGUAUGUAAUUAUACAGAACUCUCGAAGUGUCUCAAGUACAGAGCGUAUGUCAGUGACCCCCAGUAGGGAUCAAACUUGGGUGGAGACAAAUGGAUGACAGCGGGAAUAAAUUGUCAGGAGGACACUGGAGAUCUGACAGCUACCAAUCACGUAGUAUUUCAUUCUGUCGCAUGCGGCAGGAAAGGCGGCUCCAGCAAAUGUUGUGAUGUUAGAACCAAGGCUAGGCAGCCACAGAGUGGCUGGGCAGGCCCACUUCAACAAGUUCCGCCAAGCCAAGCAUUCCGCUGCGGGAAUGACGUCGAUCGCAACGAACUCCUCCAGUCCUCUUGUAAACUCAUAACACCGGGCAGCUUCUUUGUCGCCACAGUACUCCCAGAAGACAAGCUCAAUAUCAUCUGUGUGGCUUGCUUAUUGCUCCGGAAUCCCCGAAGUCUCUCUGAAUACUGUGCGAUCGAUUAUUGAGCGCGCUUUCAGUGCCAAAAGCCAUACUGUAGGCCAAGCACGCUGCCAAAUCCUAGACUGCCGACCCAUCCGAUGCCCGCCCCUCUGCGCACUCCGACAAGAAAAAUUCGGGCGGCGGACUCGUAAUCCCAAGGCAGCCCGUCUUGUGCCUGACUUGGCUUUCACAGCAGAAAUGUAAUAUGUGGUGAUGGGCGGAUGCGUCGUUGCAUCGCGUUUUCUUCUUCUUACUUCUCGGCGCCCCUUGAUAGACGCCGCCCCUGAUCCAGUGCCGGGCGCCGGCAUGGCACAAUACGUGAGCAUCAUUUUCCAGGUCAAAGGCGAUUCCGGCGUUGCUGGGAAAUGGCGUGGUGCGGUGUCUCUUCCCACUUGCAGUGGUACGUAGUAGUCGCUGCUAACACUGCUCGACACUGUGCUGUAAGUAUACAAACUUCGGGCAGGUUGGUGAACUUCAAAAUUCGUUUGGUUUU